AUGGAGCUGACUCCACUGCUGAAGCGCAGUGUGUCGCUGAUCCUGCACCAAUGGCUGCUGAUCGGGAUCGGAGUCGUUUGCGCCCUGGCCUACUGCUUCCCGAACGUCGCCAAGCAUGGCGGCGUGAUCCGCUCGGAGUACAGUAUCAUGUACGGGGUGAUCGCGAUCAUUUUUUUGAUCUCCGGCUUGAGUAUACCGCGCCAGAAGCUGUUCUCGCAUUUCUUGAACUGGCGGCUUCACCUCGUCGUGCAGGUCAUUUCCUUUUUGUUCAUUCCUGCCUUGGUCCUGGCGGUGGUGCACAUCAUCCUCGCUGGGGAUCCGCGGGGACAUAUUGACCGCGCCGUGUUGGCCGGGUAUAUCUUUACGGCUUGUAUCCCAACGACUAUCGCGUCCAAUGUGGUGAUGACAAGGGCGGCGGGCGGAGAUGAUGCAGCGGCUUUGGUGGAGGUGCUGCUUGCAAACGUUCUGGGGCCGUUUGUGACGGCUGCUUGGACUGUUGCGCUAAUCCCGAAGGAUGCCGCGUUUGACCCGUGGCGUUACGGAGGUGGCAGUUUGGAGAGCAUGUACAAAGACGUCUUCCAGCAGUUGGGACUCAGUGUGCUGCUACCGCUGUUUGUUGGUCAGUUGGUAAGAUGGACCUGGCCCGAUCGUACUGCAGCAGUGCUGGCGAAGACGAAGCUGCCCAAGUUAGCUACUGUGUGCAUGCUGCUGUUGAUAUGGUGUACAUUUUCUUCAUGUUUCGCAACGGGGGCCUUGCAAUCUCUUUCCACACAGAGUGUGGUCUUCGUAGUUCUGUUCAACAUUGCAUUAUACAUCGUCCUGACGGCAGUCUGCUUCAUCGGGUCAAGGCCACCCCGGAUUUUCGGUUCUCGACCGUGGUCUAAACCUAUUUUCAAACGCAUGUCCCCCGAAGAAACAAUCGCAGUCUGUUUCUGUGGACCGGCAAAAAGCACAGCACUCGGUAUCCCGCUGCUAUACGCCAUGUGGAAGCCUAUAGAUCUGUUCACGAAGGCGAAAACAUCUGUCCCGGUACUGCUUUACACCACGGAGCAGAUCUGUGUGGCGCACUUCUUUGUACAACUCUUCAAGAGAUGGCACGCCAAGAUUCUUGAGAAAGAGCAUAGUGAUGACAAUGUUCCCGGGAGUGUGGAGAUGGAGACGACCGGGGUGACUGGAGAUGUGGACGAAACUCAACCUGGACAUAGACAUCGGGUCAUGCCUGUCUGA